AUGAAAGACAAGAAAGUAGAUGCAAGCAUUGUUGUACUAUUUUAUGUUCUUUUUAUUGCACCUUUGUCAAUAGUAUUAUUUUUGUAUGGAUUUUUUCCCUUGAUAAACUAUGAUAACACUAUAGCCACUGAAAAUGAUAUUCCAACAUUCAUAGAAAAUGUGAGAAUAAAGACAGAUACAUUAUAUCAACCAAUGGUAAAAAGAGUGAUCCUAAUGGUUAUUGAUGCUUUAAGAUGGGAUUUUAUAACAGGAUCAAUUGGAAAAGUGGCUAUGCCUAUAACAAGUAGUCUUAUAGCAAACUCUUCAGCAUGUUUGUUUCAAACCAAAGUACACCCACCAACUGUUACAAUGCCUAGGAUAAAGGCAAUUACAACAGGUGUAAUUCCUAGUUUCAUUGAUGUUGCUUUAAAUUUUGGGAGUAAACCAGUUACUGGUGAUAAUGUACUCCUUCAAGCGAAAAAAUAUGGCUACAAAUCAGUAUUUUAUGGGGAUGAGACUUGGCUUACAUUGUUUCCAUCUGUAUUUGAACGUUAUGACAGUACCACAUCAUUCAUUGUAACAGAUUUUACAGAGGUUGAUAAUAAUAUAACUAGGCAUUUACAUAAAGAAUUACAUACUAAAACUGACUGGUCUAUAAUGGUCCUUCAUUACUUAGGACUUGAUCAUAUUGGUCAUGUUCAUGGACCAUUUAGUCCACUAAUUAAAACGAAACUUAAAGAAAUGGACAAUGUAAUUGCAAGAAUUCAAUCAAGAGUCCAAGAAUGGAAUCAAAAUAAUGAUUCUUCUCUGUUUAUUAUCUGUGGGGAUCAUGGAAUGAAAGAUUCUGGUGGUCAUGGUGGCUCGACAAUGUCAGAAACAACUGUACCUUUCAUUGCAAUCAGUGGAAAAUGUGUACAAAACAAUAGUCAUUUCACUGAAGUAGCACAAGUAGAUAUUGCAUCUACGUUGUCUACUAUUCUUGGUGUUCCAAUACCAUACUCCAAUUUGGGAAGUGUCUUUUUAGAUUCUUUAUACAAUUUACCUGUAUCAAAGAAAUUAUAUGUUCUUUUCUACAAUGCUAAACAAGUAUUCAAUCACUUUCAACAAUUAACAGACUAUAAAUCUGAAUAUGCAUAUCAGAAAUAUAUGGAAGCAAUAAAGCUUCAUAUUGCUUGGUUAAACACUAAAGAUCAUACGAAUGACAUAACAGAUGAUAUUGUACUUUCCUAUAAGGCUGCACUUAAAGGAAUGAAAGAAUUACUCAUAAGUAGUAUGAUAAAAUAUGAUUUUCAUUUAAUAACAGUGGCCAUAUUUUUCUUAAGUCAUAUAAUUUGCAUUUUACUAGAAAUAAAGUUUUGCACACAGAGUAUUCCAAAAGGUACCACUGUAUUAAUUGUCUUGAACAUAGGUUUGUGGCUACUAAUAAAUUAUUUUUCGGAAUUUGAAGGCAUAUCAUUACUUUAUUCAAAACAAUUGAUUAGUAUUGUGAUACUGUUAUUUAUAGUAAUUGUUUUAAUCAUAAAUUGUUACUUGCUUGUCAGUGGUAAUUAUUUCAAAUUUCUUACACUUGAGGAAACAGUGAAUAAGAUGGGAAAAUGGUUUUUUCCUCUUGGUGCAUUUGUACAUGCAAUAAGUUUUGGUGGUAGCAGUUUUGUGGAAGAAGAACAUCAAACUUGGUAUUUCUAUUGGGCCACUCUUCUUAUUCUGCUACUUUAUAAUACUGCUACAAAAUUUUAUUCUCAUUUGCAAUUAAACUACAAACAGUAUUCCAAUGCACAAAACUGUAUUAAACUUUUGUUAUUAAUGAUAGGACAUAGAAUACUUAGGAAAUUAAAUAGUACUGGAGACAAAUAUGCUCACCUUCCUGAUAUAGCUGGAGUCUUGGUAGAACAAGAAAGUAUGCUGGGCAUGACAGUCAUGCUUGCCACUGCCCUUAUACUUCUGAUGUGGCUGGAUUUUAUACAUGAAGAUAAAAAGUACAAGAAAUACUCACUAAUGUUUAAUUUACUCAUGUGCAUAUGCAUUUAUCUUCGACAUAUGCACAACAAUAAUGUUAUCAAAGUACCAUUAUAUCCUCAAUCUAGAGGCAUAUACGAAGUACAAAUUUUCUGGAUGUUAUUAGCAAUGAAUUCGGUUCAUUAUAUUUAUCGUUUAGUAUCAAUGAUCAAAUAUAAUAGAGGAAUAUUUUUACAAACCACGUUAUUUUUCAUUUUACGAAUGUGGAUCAUGGUCACGGCGAUGCUUCAUCAGCCGUACAAUGUGAUUCUUUUACCACUUCAAAUAAUUGUUUCUAGUUUGACUGGCUCAAUAAUUAAAGACAAUAAUGCGUUUGUAUAUGCUUGGAUCGGCAAUGUAUUUUAUUUUUAUCAGGGAAAUUCAAAUAGUUUAGCGACCAUUGACGUAGCCGCUGGUUACGUUGGCAUACAAUCCUAUAUGCCCAUUGUUAAUGGAUCAUUAUUAAUAAUUAAUACUUACUCUGCGCCUGUUUUGGCCUAUCUUUUGCUAGUUUAUUAUUCGGUAUUACAAUAUCCGUAUGAUACACAUGUGAUUAUUAAGCAAGUCAGUAAAACGUAUAUUACAUGGAGAUUAUUACCAAUAACUAUUUAUACAAUCAUAAUCAGUAUUCAGCGUCAUCAUUUAUUUGUAUGGUCGGUGUUCUCGCCGAAAUUAUUAUAUGAAGCUGUAUAUUCCACUGUUAUUUGCGUUGUAAUAAUUAUCGUAUUAAUUUUGAUUACGUUACAAAAUGCAAUAAAUAAUUGUCACAGAUAA